UGCACAGCGCGUGCCGCCCGUGACAGCCGGCGGGCCGCCUCACUUCCUCUCGGCCGACAUGGCGGGCGACGAGGCGGGAGUGACUCUGGGGCAGCCGCACCUCUCUCGUCAGGAUCUCACCACCCUGGAUGUUACCCAGUUGACGCCUCUUUCCCACGAAGUCAUCAGCAGGCAAGCCACAAUUAACAUAGGUACAAUUGGGCACGUGGCUCACGGCAAAUCGACAGUCGUAAAGGCCAUCUCGGGAGUGCACACCGUCCGGUUCAAGAAUGAGCUGGAAAGAAACAUCACCAUCAAGUUGGGCUAUGCUAAUGCCAAGAUCUACCAACUGGACGAUCCCAGUUGCUCCAGGCCAGAAUGUUACCGGUCCUGCGGCAGUAGCACCCCCGACGAAUUUCCCACGGACAUUCCAGGGACCAAAGGGAACUUCAAGCUAGUCAGGCACGUCUCCUUCGUGGACUGUCCCGGCCACGACAUCUUGAUGGCGACCAUGCUCAACGGGGCCGCCGUCAUGGACGCCGCUCUGCUUUUGAUAGCGGGGAAUGAGUCUUGCCCACAGCCGCAGACCUCCGAGCACCUGGCCGCCAUCGAAAUCAUGAAGCUGAAGCACAUUCUGAUUCUACAGAAUAAGAUCGACCUGGUGAAAGAAAGCCAGGCCAAGGAGCAGUACGAACAGAUCCUCGCGUUCGUCCAAGGAACCGUGGCCGAGGGCGCUCCCAUCAUCCCCAUCUCCGCCCAGCUCAAGUACAACAUCGAGGUGGUCUGCGAGUACAUCGUGAAGAAGAUCCCCAUCCCUCUCCGGGACUUCACGUCGGAACCCAGGCUCAUCGUCAUUCGGUCCUUUGACGUCAACAAGCCCGGCUGUGAAGUGGACGACCUCAAGGGUGGCGUGGCCGGUGGUAGUAUCCUCAAGGGGGUAUUGAAGGUGGGCCAGGAGCUGGAAGUGCGGCCCGGGAUCGUUUCGAAGGACAGCGAAGGGAAGCUCAUGUGCAAGCCCAUCUUCUCCAAGAUAGUGUCGCUCUUCGCCGAGCACAACGACCUUCAGUACGCCGCCCCGGGAGGCCUCAUCGGGGUCGGGACGAAGAUCGACCCCACGCUGUGUCGAGCGGACCGGAUGGUGGGCCAGGUGCUGGGGGCCGUCGACGCCCUCCCCGAAAUCUUCACCGAGCUGGAGAUCUCCUACUUCCUCCUGCGCAGGCUGCUGGGAGUCCGCACCGAAGGAGACAAGAAGGCCGCCAAGGUGCAAAAGCUGUCCAAGAACGAAGUGCUCAUGGUGAACAUCGGCUCCCUGUCCACCGGCGGCCGCGUCAGCGCCGUCAAGGCCGAUCUGGGCAAGAUCGUCCUCACCAACCCCGUGUGCACCGAAGUGGGAGAGAAGAUCGCGCUCAGCCGCAGGGUGGAGAAGCAUUGGCGUCUCAUCGGCUGGGGCCAGAUAAGAAGAGGAGUCACCAUCAAACCGACAGUGGACGAAGACUGAAACGUGGCCAGCGGACUCCCCGGGAAGAGAGAGAGAGAAGCCAGGCGGUUUUCCGCUCCGGCAUCCAUCAUCAUUUGCGGGUCGCUUCUGAAGUCUCCCGGGCUGCAGAGAUUCAGUGAAAGAACUCUAAGAAGAAUAAACUUUGUCUGAAGACCAGUCUGA